CUGGAGGUACAAAGAUCGUUAGAAUUAAAGGAACAUAACUCUAAGACAACCUUGGAACGUGACAAGAAGUGAACUAAGAUGCAAGGUUGACAAACAGUGGACAACCGCAACAAUAAACAUGACAGACAAAACGAAGAGAGUUGGGAGAUGGUAUUUCGGAGGAGUUGCAAGUGCAAUGGCCGCUUGCUGCACCCACCCUUUAGAUUUACUAAAGGUACAUCUACAGACUCAGCAACUAGAAAAGGUCAAGGCGACGACAAUGGUUGUACGGAUUCUGAAAUCGGAUGGAAUUCUAGGUCUAUAUAAUGGAUUAUCUGCUUCAAUUUGUAGACAGCUAACAUAUUCUAUGACAAGAUUUGCCAUGUAUGAGACGGUCAAGAAAAGGCUGACCCAGGAUGGGGGUACCAUGCCUUUCUAUCAGAAAGUUCUGACUGCAGCAGUCUCAGGUGCUACAGGGGGCUUGGUGGGGACUCCAGCUGAUCUUGUAAAUGUCAGAAUGCAGAAUGAUGUCAAGUUACCAGCAGACCAAAGGAGAAACUACAAGCAUGCCUUUGAUGGCUUGUGGAAAGUGUACAGAAAUGAAGGAGUCCCACGUUUGUUUGGAGGGGCGACAAUGGCGAGUUCUAGAGCAGUUCUUGUCACCGUGGGGCAGUUGGCCUGCUAUGACCAGAUCAAACAAAUGCUGUUGACGACAGGAGUCUUUGAGGACAACAUGGUACUUCACCUGACAUGCAGUACAAUGGCUGGCUGUAUAGCGACACUUCUGACUCAGCCAUUGGACGUGAUGAAAACCCGGUUAAUGAAUGCCAAACCUGGGACGUACUCAGGGAUUUCUGCAUGUGCCAUGGAUAUUGCCAAAAAUGGCCCAAUAGGAUUUUUCAAGGGUUUUAUUCCUGCCUUUGUCAGGCUGGGUCCGCACACGGUAUUCACAUUCAUUUUCUUUGAACAGCUGCGACAGAAUUUUGGAGAUUUAAAAGAGUAAACAUUCAAACAGAUUUAAAAGAAGAGGGCAGUAUAACUACUAGAAAAAAAUUCCAUGUAUAUUGUGAACAGAAGGGCUGAUUUGCAAUAAUUAAUUCCUGAUUUGUUUGAAUAUUCUGUUUGACAGACUUUGUGUGGGGUACCUCAGAUGUAGAAUGUUUUUAAUGCUUUAAAUCGGAUGAAUUUAUUUAAUAUGUAUAUUUUUGUUUAAGGCUCAAUCAAACCCUGAUCGAAAUUGUUGUCGUCGACUGUGACAAACUUUCACAUUUUCAACUUCUACUCAAGAUACUUACCCAAGGGCCAUUUUCAGCCAAACAUGGUUCAAAGUAUCACUGAUUGAAAAGGAUUCAAGUUAGUACAAAUGAAAGUUCAUGCCCAUUUCCAAGGGGAAUUAAUAAUGUGGAAAUAUUUAGAAUAUGGUGGAUAUUUUUAAAAAAAUCUUAUUGUCAAGAAUUAUUGAAAGAGGAAAACCAAAAGUUACAAUAUAUAAUGAAGAUUCAAAUUUCUCAACAUAGGAAUAGACAAGAAAAUAAAAUCUUUUAAGAUUUUUUAAUGUCUAUAAUUUGUCAAAUUUUAAAACGUCCAUGUCAAACAUUCUUAUGUAGUGUAGAUCAGAUUUUGCUUGCACUGUGACCCUUUCUCAGGUCUAGGAUGGGGCUGAAUUAGGAGUUUAAUAUUUUGGUUUGGAAUAUAUCUUUAAAAUUUUAUAAAAGAAAUAGAUACCACUUUGUUUAUACCAGAAUCCCUGUAGUUAAACCAGAUCAUGGCCACAAAUAGGGUUAAAAGUUUUACACAAAUAUAUAUAUAUGAAAAUUCUGUAAAAUCUUAAAACACAAGGGUGCAGUAGACCAUGACCCCUAGUAGUAGGGCAAGGCCUUAAUUUAGGGUUUCUAAGUUUACAUUUGGAAAAUGGAACUCAUUGGGUGAGCUAUGUGGCUUCGUGUUUAAUGCAUAUUUUCAAAUUUUAUUGAUUUUUUUUUCAUAUUUGCAUUCAUAAUAUGCAGUUGUUAAUUCUAGAAAAUGGAGAAAUAUUGCAGCUGUUUAUGUCUUUCACUACGUGUAUGUUUAAUUUUAGCAGUGGGGUUAUGAAGCAUAAACUUUUUCUUUAUUUUUUCCCUUGCAUGUGUUGUUUUAAUUCUGACAAGUUGUGCAGCAAGCAAUUUUCUUUUUAUUUGUGUUCAGUUACCUACAGUAGGUAAUUGCAACAAUCGUGUAUUUUUUGAAGUAGAGGAAUGCUGAAUGAAAUCCUUACCAUGUCCUAUAGAAUCUAGAGUGAACAUCCACCAAAGACCGAAUGUCAUCCUUGAAAGUAGAUAUAAGCGAUAUACAUGAUUUUGUUAAAUGUUUAUUUCUAUGUGCCAUUAUGGUCAGUAAUGAUCUGUAGCCAGGACCAAUUUCAGUAGAGGGGAUAAAAUUAGAUAAGCUUUGUAUGUGUACGAUUUUGUUGUUUCUACUUCCUGUAGUAUGUGCGGUCAUAAACACUGUAGUAUUUGCAGUCAUAUACACUGUAGUAUUUGCAGUCAUAUACACUGUAUUAUUAUAUACUUUCAAUUUCAUCUCUUCACUUUUCUUUAAAAGUUUGCGGGCAUAUAUCACACGAUAUAUGCCCGGAAACAUUCCGGCCCGCAAACGUUACGUCACAAUCAAUACACAAGCAAAUUACUACGUCGUUAAUUUUCAAAUUUUUCGUGUUUUUCAUCUUUUACUCAGUUAAACCAAUAAAGAAAUUGUUAAAAAUAAAUUAUUGUUAGUUUCUAAAUGAAAUUAAAAGUAUAUAAUAAAAAGGUUAUAGACUUUGUAUGGGAAAAUAUGACGACCUCGUUUUUUGUCGCGGACGGACCUCGCAAGCUCGGUCCGUCUAUGCGCCAAAAAACUCGGUCGUCAUAUUUUUCCAUACAAAGUCUAUAACCUAUAAGUAUUUGCGGUCAUAUACUCCUUUGUAGUUUAUGCUGUCACAUACUCGCAUAUAGAGUACUAAAUAUGUGUUCAAGAGUUUAUUAUUUUAUUGUGAAUUUUUAAAUUACUUUUGUUACAGAAGAAUCAGAUUGAUUCUGAUGAUACAAAUUGACUUCUCUAAUGCAGACGUGGUUGUCUUUGUUAUCUGUUGUAUUUUCCCAUAGACAGGGUUUUUGUGGAGCUGCUUAAUUAAUUCACAUAAUUAUCUGACUACCGGCAUGUUUCUGGAUAACAAUUGUAUCUUAAAUUCUACCUGAUGUUUUUUAUUUUCACAUGUGGAAUCUAAUGAUGAGUUUAAUCGUUCAAAUAUGAUAUCUAUCUACAGCUAUUUUCA